GGAAGUGUCAUUCAUACUGAAGGCUGUGAAGCUAUAAUUUCUCUAAGCUGCCCUACAAGCAGUCCAUAUCAAGGUCCUCACCAUGCCUUCCAUAGCGCAGAAUGCGACGAGAGCUGCCGGUUUGUUCCAAGAGAUUUUGGUAGCACCCCACCAGGGUGAAGCGCCAAAGAAGGAUAUUCAAGAUCUUUCAGAGUCCAAAAUAUCUGAUAUACUUGAGAGAUAUCAAAUCUGGGCAGCCAGCGUAGGUGCCUAUGUCGAGAACAACAACUCCUUGGAAUACCGACUCCGAAACGCUCCGAAGGUAGAAGCUCAGAUCGUCGAGCUGCUCAGUGAUAUCUCUGAGUCGUUGGAAGAUGCGUGUCAAAUUAUAACAAGUGCAAAAGAAAACCACACAGCAUCCAAAUUGAGAAGGACAGAGUCUUCGGAUGACAACCUGAAUAGCAUAAGUAUCGAUCCGAAUAUCGAUACUAGUGUUCUAGAACAGGGAGAUUCGGAGAUUCGCGAAAUAUUUGAAUCCAUGGAAGACGCCUUAGAGCACCUCUUUCGUCUUUGCAACAUCAUUCGAGAUAUCUCCAAACGAGACAAUUCUUCUCAAGUAACGGAUAUCGUGGCUUCACCACAUGAAGAACAACUGGAUAGGGAUCAUGUCAUGGACAUGUUUCCAAAACUGGAGUUCCAUGGAAGACUUGGUUGAUCCAUAGACUUGGUAGAUCUGUAGCAUUCCAUCGCCUGCUGGGCAAAUAUAUCCAGGAGAAUCAAAUCGAGAUUGUGCGAGACGGUGCCCGAAUAGAAACACCACUACCCUCGAGUGCACUCACCCCACUUGAUGUCUCGUCCUCUUUAUCUUGGAGAUCCUUUACACAAGGGAUACAAGGAAGUCAGUCUCAGCUGUUAUCCGGAAAUAGUGUACCAGAAAGUGGUCAUUGCAGCAUGGAGUAUCUCAAAGUCCGAAGCCAUACAUCUGUAUAUUUGAGAGCUGUGAUUUAAAGAUGUUCUCUGAUCGAGAUGAAUUGCUUAUUCACGAG